CUUUUUGUCCAGGAAUCUACUUUCCCAAUUUGGUCCAAGUACGCCCCGCCGAGCCGGAGUCCACCCCCUUUCUCCGACCGUCUCGAUCUUCGAUUCCUGUCAAUUUGUUGUCAGCGUCUACAAUCACCGCCCGUUACCGUUAGUUCCGGAACACAUUCAGUCCCCGGAAUAGCCACCUACUGUCUAUAAUCAUCUCACCCAAUCGAUUUGAGACGAUUGACUCGUUGCCAUAGCUUUUCAAUAAGGAUAAUUUAUGGCUGGAAUGAUCAUCAGUUGAGAGUCAUGAAAGUUUGUCUACGGCCUGCAAAUUGCUGCAAAUAAUUUGCCGAAGGGGAAUUACGAUUUGCAAGCUGCGAAGGGGCUGAAGAUUAGAAGACGAAAGUAUGUUUCUCUGUCCGCAGUCCGCCUGAAGACCUGAAAUUGAAGCUUGCUCGGCGCACGCGGAUCGCUGCUUCGUCGGUGGUCAGACACUCAGCCGCCUCUUAGCUGAUCUAUAGUCCGUGGUAGUGUCGUACCCGUCCCUAGGUGACUAACUGUGAUGAUAUCGAGUAUCUGCACAAAAUUGUUUCUAGUUCUGUGUUGUAUGAUGGACAUGUGAUAUUUCAUCUUAUAGGGAAACAAGAAAUAGGAUGAAUUUACAAGCACAUAUAUCAGGGCAAAUCUCAGGGCAGGUGCCCAAUCAGGGUGGUGCUUCCUUACAAGGUCUGUCCCAACAGAAUGGAAAUCCAUUAUCCAAUCAAAUGCAAAACACAUCUCUUCAUCGUAAUAUGGCCAAUAUAGAUCCAGAUAUUUACAAAGCUCGGAGGUUCAUUUCAGAAAAAAUCUAUGCGCAUCUCAUGCAGAAGCAACAAGCACAUGAGAUAGCUCCAAAGAAGAUGGUGGAUAUUGUGAAACGGUUGGAGGAGGCUUUGUACAAGAGUGCUACUUCAAAGGUUUUUUUGGGUUUUGAUUCAUCAGGAGGAAUAUCUGAAUCUGGGCUCUUUAGAGAGCCGCUUGCAUUUUCUAAUCAAGCAAAUACCUAAUAAUCAUAAUGCACGGUUUUCACAUGUUAACUCAUCAUCUUCUAUCGGCACUAUGAUUCCAACACCAGGCAUGCAUCAGAGUGGGAAUUCUACCCUAAUUGGAUCAUCAUCAGUGGACAGCUCAAGUAUUGCUGGGAAUCCUGGAGGUUCUAUGGGGAGUGGCUAUCAACAAAUGCCGUCAAGCUUUUCAAUAAGUUCUGGGGGAAAUAACUUGGUAACAUCUAUGGGUGCACAAAGAAUGACAAGCCAAAUGAUUCCCACCCCUGGUUUUAAUAAUAAUAACAGUGAUAAUUUAAAUAACAACAUCAGUAACCAGUCUUACACGAAUUUGGAGUCAUCAAAUAUUGCUGGGGCGCCUGCUAAUGUCGGUUCCAGUAUAACAUCACAUUCAGUGCAGCAAAAGCAGCAUGUGGUUAGCCAAAACAGUCGUAUAUUGCAAGCACUUGGUAGCCAUAUGAGUGGUGGAUUGAGGCCUGCGUUGCAAACUAGAUCUUAUGUGUCAUCAACCGGGUCCUUGAAUGGCGGACUUGGUAUGAUGGGAAACAAUUUGCAGCUAUUAAAUGGUCAGGGAGCCUCUGAAGGAUAUAUGACAUCAACCAUGUAUGUUAACCCGUCUAAGCAGUUAUCCCCGCAGUUUGAUCAACAUCAGAGAUCAGUAAUGCAAGGUGAUAUGUAUCCAAUUAGUAAUUCUGAAACCUCAGGGACUGGAUUUGUUCCUGUAUCUUCUAUUGGGUCUGUGAUGAAUAAUCAAAACAUAAAUGAUGUGGCCUUGCAAUCCAUCCCCAAAGCAAAUUCCCCUCACAUGAUCAACCAGUCAAAUGUGAACGCCCCACAACAUAUGACAAAUAUGAAGCUUCAAUCCAUUGAUCACUCUGAACAGUUGAAGUUUCAGUCCCAACAUUCUUUUCCUGAUAAUCAUUUACAAUCUCAUUUGCGUCAGCAAUUUCACAACCAGGCCCAACAAUUACAGCAGCAGCAGCAAUUUGCUCAACAUCAUCAACAACAGAAGCAGCAAAGUCAGCAGCAACUGCUGCUAAAGACCAACAGUACUGGUCAAGUUCCGAUCUUGUCUGAUUUGGGUGGUAAAAUCAAUUCAGAGCCUGCUACUCACGAUGAAACGCUACUGUCUCAGGUCCCUGAACAAUUUCAGUUUUCUGAUGUGCAAAAUCUGUACCCACAUAAUUCUACAGGAGAACAUUCUAAAAGUAAUCAGUUACUACCUCCUCCAUCUAGUCAACAAGAUCCAUUUUCUUCAUUGACACCAACUUCAGAACACAUGCAACAGAUGAUGCAUCAACAUAUAUAUGUUUCUGAAACUCAAAAUGGUUUCAAAUGUUCUUCUAAUGGAGUUCAUUCAGAUGCAAUGUUGCAGGGUCAAUGGUACCCUAAGUUUCAAGAUGGGUCUCAAAUGCCUAGUAGCUUCUCACAAGAACAGAGUGGUAAACAAAAAUUGCAACAGAGAAUUGCUAGAUCAGAGGAAGCUCAAAGAAACAAUAUGUCUCUUGAUGGAGCUAUUGCUUCCCAAUCUGUUGUGAAUAGUGUAAUCAACCCAAAGACUUCGAGUAAUUCUGCACGCAAGUUCAGUAACCAUACUUCUGAGGGGCGGUUUUUAAAUCAAACUAGAUGGUUACUUUUUCUGUUUCAUGCACGUCGAUGCCCUGAUCCAGAGGGGAAAUGCGCAGAGUCUAAUUGCAUAAAUGCUCAGAAACUCUUAAGGCAUAUGGAGCAGUGCAAUGCGUUGGGAUGUCAAUAUCCUCGUUGCGCUGGAUCAAAACUCUUACUUAGUCAUUUUAGGCGUUGCAAGAAUGCAACUUGUGAUGUUUGCAUUCCUGUAAAACAGUUUAGGCAAGCUUUUAGAAAACCUUUUCCUCGCCGUGAUUUGAGUUCUGAUAUGGCAAUUUCUGUUAAUGGAUCUUGUAAGGCCUUUCAUACCGGUGAAGCUGCACAUAGGUUUACUGUCAAGUCAAGCCCUGCAGUGGUUGAAACCCCAGAAGAUUUACAACCUUCCAUUAAGCGCAUGAAGAUUGAGCAAUCCUCUCAAGCUUUUGUAUCUGAACCUGAAGGCUUUAUUUCACCAGUUUCUGUUGGUGGAUCUCAUAUCUUCCUGGAAACACAGGUUGCUGAACAACAUGCUGAGAAUAUUGUGGUGAAACCUGAGGUCGUGGAAUUGCCAUUGGAAAUUCCUACAAAUGCUGGCCAAAUAAGUGCAGCGCUGAAGGAUAAUUCAGAGGACACUUACAUUCAACGGCCAGUUAUUGAUCCUCACGUAUCAAGUACCUCAUCUUCUCUUCCUGUACAGGAGAGUGCCAAGGCUGAAAAGGAUACAGAUUCAGCUAUACAGGAAACCCCACCGGUUCCUCUGGAAAGCAGUACUGGAUCCAAGUCUGGAAAGCCAAAAAUAAAAGGAGUCUCAUUGACAGAACUGUUUACCCCAGAGCAAGUGAGGGAUCAUAUUAUUGGUCUUAGACAAUGGGUUGGCCAGAGUAAAGCGAAAGUUGAAAAAAAUCAGGCAUUGGAGAGCUCUAUGAGUGAAAAUUCUUGCCAACUGUGUGCAGUGGAGAAACUUACAUUUGAACCCCCACCUAUUUAUUGCUCUCCCUGUGGUGGGCGUAUUAAAAGAAAUGCAAUGUAUUACACGUUUGGAGCUGGGGACACUCGGCACUUUUUUUGCAUUCCAUGCUAUAACGAUUCUCGUGGAGACACCAUUGUAUGCGAUGGAACUAAUAUUACAAAGUCAAAGAUGGAAAAAAAGAAAAAUGAUGAGGAAACUGAAGAAUGGUGGGUUCAAUGUGACAAAUGUGAAGCUUGGCAACACCAAAUUUGUGCAUUAUUUAAUGGUAGAAGGAACGAUGGGGGGCAAGCUGAGUAUACGUGUCCCAAUUGCUAUGUUAUUGAAGUUGAAAGAGGAGAACGAAUACCUUUACCCCAAAAUUCUGUUCUUGGAGCAAAAGAUCUGCCUAGAACAAUCCUGAGUGAUCAUAUUGAGCGGCGUCUAACUUGGCGACUGAGGCAGGAAAGACAGGAGAGGGCGAGGCUCCAAGGGAAAAGCCACGAUGAGGUUCCCGGAGCAGAAGGACUUGUCGUAAGGGUUGUUUCAUCAGUCGACAAGAAGUUAGAAGUUAAGCCACGAUUUCUUGAAAUAUUUCAAGAAGAGAACUACCCCCCUGAGUUUCCAUAUAAAUCAAAGGUAUUGUUGUUGUUUCAAAGAAUUGAAGGUGUAGAAGUGUGCCUAUUCGGCAUGUAUGUUCAGGAAUUCGGUUCAGAAUGCUCACAGCCUAAUCAUCGGCGUGUUUACCUCUCUUACCUGGACUCUGUUAAGUAUUUCAGGCCCGAAAUAAAAGCAGUGACCGGAGAAGCUCUCCGUACAUUUGUUUAUCAUGAAAUUCUGAUUGGAUAUCUAGAGUACUGCAAAAAGCGUGGUUUCACAAGUUGCUACAUCUGGGCUUGCCCUCCACUGAAGGGGGAAGAUUAUAUAUUAUAUUGCCAUCCUGAAAUUCAGAAAACACCAAGAUCUGACAAACUGAGGGAGUGGUAUUUAGCAAUGCUAAGGAAAGCUUCUAAGGAAAAAAUUGUGGUGGAUCUCACUAAUUUAUAUGAUCAUUUCUUUGUGUCUACGGGUGAAUGUAAAGCUAAGGUUACUGCAUCACGGCUGCCGUAUUUUGAUGGGGAUUAUUGGCCUGGCGCAGCUGAAGAUAUGAUCUAUCAGCUUCAGCAGGAAGAGGACGGUAGAAAACAAUAUAAAAAGGGAUCAUUGAAGAAGACCAUAACUAAAAGAGCUUUAAAAGCUUCUGGUCAAACUGAUCUCUCUGGAAAUGCUUCAAAGGAUCUGUUGCUGAUGCACAAGCUUGGUGAAACGAUCAGCCCAAUGAAGGAGGAUUUUAUUAUGGUUCACUUGCAACAUGCAUGCAGUCAUUGCUGCAUUCUGAUGGUAUGUGGAACACGUUGGGUCUGCAAUCAAUGCAAAAAAUUUCAGCUUUGUGACAAGUGCUAUGAAGCCGAGCAAAAACUUGAUGACAGAGAGAGGCACCCUAUCAACCAAAAAGACAAGCAUACAUUUUAUCCAGUUGAUAUCAAUGAUGUGCCUGCUGAUACAAAGGAUGAAGAUGAUAUUUUAGAGAGUGAGUUUUUUGAUACAAGACAAGCAUUUUUGAGCCUUUGUCAAGGAAACCACUACCAAUACGAUACCCUCCGCCGUGCUAAACAUUCUUCGAUGAUGGUCCUAUACCAUCUUCACAAUCCCACUGCUCCUGCAUUUGUGACCACAUGCAACAUAUGCCAUCUUGAUAUUGAAGCUGGUCAAGGCUGGCGAUGUGAGGUUUGUCCAGAGUAUGAUGUUUGCAAUGCUUGUUAUCAGAAGGAUGGUGGAGUCGAUCAUCCUCAUAAGUUGACUAAUUAUCCAUCCAUUGCUGACCGCGAUGCACAAAAUAAGGAAGCUCGGCAGCUACGUGUUCUUCAGCUUAGGAAAAUGCUUGAUCUUCUAGUGCAUGCUUCUCGGUGUCGUUCUGGGCAGUGUCAGUAUCCCAACUGUCGCAAGGUUAAGGGUCUCUUCAGGCAUGCGAUGCUAUGCAAAAAGCGUGCUUCUGCAGGCUGCGGUCUCUGCAAGAAGAUGUGGUAUCUUCUUCAACUUCAUGCACGGGCAUGCAAAGAUGCAGAUUGCGCUGUCCCACGGUGCAGGGAUUUACGAGAACAUCUAAGGAGGCUACAACAGCAAGCUGAAUCAAGGCGCCGGGCUGCUGUAAUGGAGAUGAUGCGGCAAAAUGCUUCUGAAGCUGCUGGGAGUUCAGUAUAAUCAAGUUGUUUAGUAUAAUCGGGUUGUACAUAGUACAAGUAUGUUGUCAGCGUGUUAAGUACAUGCACUGAUGACGGAUAGAACUAGUCAUGAAGGCUGUAGGACCAACUCCCACAUCACAAGCAUUCAAAUCUGGUUGAGUACUGCUUCAAGUGGUUCUGUUCGUAUUUCGUAUAUUUUUCUCCAGGUCCUGUGCUGACGAUUCCGAGGCAGCUCACUGGUCCUUGGUGCGGAUGUAGAUUGCAAAUGUUUCUCUCGGUAUGCAACUCCAGAAGCAAUUCUUUCAUUUUAUUCCCUUAUAUAUUCCCAUCAUUUGAUGGCAAAAUGUACCAUAGUUUUCUCAAUUCAUGUAGUAGCAUAGGUUGUGGGAGUGUGGGGUAUUAGUUUUUGAGAUUAGUGUGGCUGUCUGUCCAUGGAUAUGAAUUAUGGUUUAAAAGAAAAAUAGAAACAAAGAAACCCAUCCACACUUCUAUCCAUGGGUGUGCCUCCUCAAUGUGCUUGUUUUUGUAGAUGGAUCCCUCAUUUAAAGACAUUGAAGUAAUAAGUUGUAAUUUUAUUUCCU